UACCUGCGUAAAUACUGUACCUCUUGCUCAACCUCAGCUAUUCGCACCAAACAAAGUACAUCCAACAGAUCUCACCACGGCAUCAAUCACCUCAAUAAGAGACGGUCGCAAAAGGAUCAGGAAAUCGUCUUGUCGGCUGUCAAGACGAUUGGCAGACCCUUGUUGCAAGCAAGGCAGCAGAUAGCGACCGCACCACCGCCGUCAUCCAUCUCAGACAUCUAUCUAUCUCCAUCCGCCAAACCAACCCCCCCACGAACGAACCCUCCAAAAACCACCGACAAUGGCGAAUCCCCUUGAUACCGACGCUGGCUCCGAGCUCUUCAGCAGCUACGAAGCGGAGCUCAAGCUCGUGCAAGCCGAUCUCAACCAGAAGCUGGACCAGAUUCCAGAUCUUUCCGGCGAGCCCCGCAAAGCAGCCAUCACGCAGGCAGAGCGGGCGUUGGAAGAAGCAAAUGAGCUGCUCGAUCAGAUGCGCCUUGAGAAGCAGAACAUCCCUUCGGCGACCCGCACCAAGGUAAACCAGCGAUUCCGCAACCACGAAUCCGACGUCGAUGCAUCGAAACGGAAGUUGCGCACGCUCUCUGAUGACCGCUCGGCGCUGUUCGGCUCGCGAUAUUCCGACAACCCAAAUGAUGUCCAGCUGGAGCAGCGACAACAACUCCUGUCUGGGACUGACAGGCUGGAACGCAGUUCCCAGAGGCUGAAGGCCAGUCAGGCACUGGCGAAUGAUACAGAGGCAAUCGGGGCGAGCACCCUUGCUGAUUUACAUAGGCAGAGGGAGGUGAUUCAGCAUACGAACGAUACGCUGCUGGAGAGCGAGGGAUACGUCGAUAGGAGUGUGAAGACAUUGAGAGGGAUGGCGCGUAGGAUGGCUACAAAUCGGAUUAUAACAGUUUCAAUCAUCACCGUCUUGGUCCUUCUCAUCAUCGCGGUUAUCGUCAGCAAGUUUCGAUGAGCUGGAUCUCGUCCGGCUUUUGGCGUUGGGGCGUGCCUUGCUGAUAUACACCUUCUGUCUGUCUGUCUGUAUUCCAAGUCUAAUACAAGAGAAUUUCACAGCAUUCAAGAAGUGAAGUGACGAGAGGAGGAGGUUGGGAUGUGACGUUUUGCUAAAGGCUCUUCUUUCAAGAACAGCGAUGCCUGUCUGUCUGAAUUAAUACCAUACCUAAUACAACAUGAGACGAUA